AUGCAGACCUCCUGGGCAAUGCUCCUGCUUUUUGCUGGAGCAGCCGUUGCACACCCUGCACCGCCCCCUCCGUUGAGCUAUGAGCAAGUCCUUGCCUCUGCUAUUGAAACCUACAACAAGGAAUCGGGCCUGGAGAACGCCUUCCGGCUGCUGGAACCUGAGCCACAGCCAGACUGGGAUCCUUCUGCCCUGACUAUUCAGCCACUGAAAUUCUCCGUUAGAGAGACGGUGUGCAAGGCAGCGGAGAGCUCUAACAUUGACCAGUGUGACUACAAAGAUGAUGGGCUCGACCGAGAUUGCUCCGGAUUCUAUUCUGCUGCCCAGAGCCCACCUUUGAUGGUGGUCCAGUGUGAGGGUGUGGCCCAGGAGUUGGAGCGUAUCAAAAGGGGCCGUUUUAAAAAGUGGGUGAAGAAAAUUGGCGCGUUCAUAAAGAAAUACGGCCCAAGGAUUGCAUCUCUUGUGCCCAGAGCAACCAUGAGGAGCGCCUGGGGAGUUCUUUUUCUGCUGGGUUUCGGCACUGCCGUCCCUCUGGAAGCCCCAAAGACCUUUGAGGAAUUCCUUCCACAGGUGGUCAAGAUCUACAACCAAGGCCCAGGUGUCCAAAACGCCUUCCGCCUCCUGGAAGCAACACCUCCGCUUGGAAUGGAUUCAACCUCUGGAACGCUUCAACAGCUGAACUUCACCAUGCAAGAAACCACGUGCCCCGCCUCAGAAGAUGUUGUUGCUGAACAGUGUGAAUUCAAACCUGAUGGGCUGAUGAAAGAUUGUAUUGGAUACUUCUCCACCAAGCCAGAAAAUCCCAUGAUCCUUAUUAACUGUGACACUGCGAUUCAAGAGCCAGUCCAUGUCACCCGGUUCCGAGGUCUUGGAGGGUUUCUGAAAGGAUUUUCAAGAGGAGUUCAGCUCUGGGAUGCCCAUCACUAA